UUGAGUGAUGCUUCAAAAUCCUCACAAUAUAGAGGGCGAAGACUUGAUUUCACUAAAUCCUUUAUCGUAACUUCUGUUCUUUGUUUAGAAACCAUCACAAUUGAUUGUACCGUGCUGAACUGUGCCGACCUUUAUUCCCCGGUUGGGCUAAUUGUUGUGUAAGGAAAACUCAUUUUUUCGUCGCUUUCGACGAUCAAGAGUUUCUAUUUUGGCUAUGCCGGGGUUGACUCCGUCGGCUGCUCAUGAGAAAUCGCUGAAAUCGGGAGAAAGCGGCAUCCGCGAAGUAUGGGCUUCAAAUCUUCGAGAAGAGAUGCAGAAUGUCCGCGAAAUAGUGAAGGAGUAUCACUUCGUUGCCAUGGAUACGGAGUUUCCCGGUGUCGUUGCUAAUCCGAUUGGAAACUUCAGGAGCAGCUUCGAUUAUCAGUACCAACUAUUGCGAUGCAACGUUGAUUUGUUGCGGAUUAUUCAAUUGGGCCUUACGUUUUACGAUGGAGAAGGACGUCUGGCCAAAGAUUGCGCCACCUUUCAGUUCAAUUUUAAGUUCAGCCUCACUGAAGACAUGUAUGCGCAAGACAGCAUCGACCUUCUUCAAAACUCGGGUAUUCAGUUCAAGCGACACGAAGAGGAUGGAAUUGAACCCGAGGAAUUUGCUUCGUUAUUGAUGACUUCCGGCGUUGUGUUACUCGAUAAUAUUGUGUGGCUUUCAUUCCAUGCCGGCUACGAUUUUGGGUACUUACUCAAAUUAUUGACUAGUGCGCCCUUGCCCAGCGAGGAGAUCGAGUUUUUCGAGACUCUGCGGCUUUUUUUCCCCAACAUCUAUGAUGUGAAGUAUCUCAUGAAGUCAGUUAAAAAGCUGAAGGGUGGUUUGCAAGAAGUCGCCGAGCAGCUGGAACUUGAACGUAUUGGACCACAGCAUCAAGCUGGAUCUGAUUCCCUUCUUACUGGCGCGGCAUUUUUCAAAAUGAAAGAGAUGUUUUUCGAAGACCACGUCGACAACACUAAGUAUUGCGGGCACCUGUACGGCUUGGGCUCGACAGGCCCGAACACACAGACGUCAGGCGGAUCAAGUAAUGCGCAAGAAGUCGGAGACUCGGCCUUUCCCGUGACUGCUAUCGGGUCGACGAAUCCGUCAGUGUCCAUGUCCACGUCGCUGUCCUCGUUCUCCGGCGUUUUGGCGACCACUAGCGCUACUACUAUCUCGCCGGGAUCCGUGGUGCGCCCUGCCUCUGUCGGUCCUUGA